AUGGCGACCAGGAUGAUGCCCAUGAGGCCUGGCUCAACCACCAUUCGUUCCAUCUCCAAACGAAGACCUUCAUGCUCGACCAAUUGUUUCUCCACCACCACUCCCGCCGCAGCUCUUUCACCUUACCGAAAAUCCCAAAAAUCAACCACAGAGCAGACGAGACGACCGGCCACCACUGCCGCGGCUCAGACACAAACAGCUCGACCCAUCCCCAGCCCAGCUUUCAACAAUGACUUCCGCCGGAAUGAGCCUUCGCCUUUGGUCAAUAGACAAUUACCCGAGCUCGAUGACUCAUUUGUUGGUCUCUCAGGAGGAGAAAUCUUCCAUGAGAUGAUGCUACGACAAGGUGUCAAGAACAUCUUUGGCUACCCUGGCGGUGCCAUUCUCCCAGUCUUCGAUGCCAUUUACAACUCGAAACACUUCAACUUCAUCCUUCCAAAACAUGAACAAGGCGCAGGUCAUAUGGCAGAAGGCUAUGCGAGAGCAUCCGGAAAGCCUGGCGUCGUCCUUGUAACAUCGGGGCCAGGUGCCACCAAUGUAAUCACUCCCAUGCAGGAUGCCAUGUCGGAUGGUACUCCCAUGGUUGUAUUCUGUGGUCAGGUACCAACUACUGCUAUUGGUACCGAUGCUUUCCAAGAGGCCGAUGUCAUUGGCAUUUCAAGAGCUUGCACAAAGUGGAAUGUCAUGGUCAAGAAUGUCGCAGAACUGCCAAAGAGGAUAAAGGAAGCCUUCGAAAUCGCCACCUCUGGAAGACCCGGUCCAGUUCUUGUCGACUUGCCAAAAGAUGUCACAGCUGGCAUCCUAAGGCGCCCCAUUCCAAUGCAAUCAACUUUACCUGCACAUCCAUCCGCCGCCACUUUGGCUGCCCGGGAUAUUUCUCGCCGACAAUUGGAGGGCACUAUCAACCGUGUGGCUGAUCUCAUCAACAUUGCCAAAAAGCCUGUCGUUUAUGCUGGACAAGGCGUCCUUGCUACACCCGAGGGACCGAAACUCCUAAAAGAACUUUCUGAAAAGGCCAAUAUCCCAGUAACAACCACUCUGCAAGGCUUGGGCGGGUUCGACGAACUGGAUCCUAAGUCCCUACAUAUGCUGGGUAUGCAUGGUGCAGCAUAUGCAAACAUGGCUAUGCAGGAAGCAGAUCUUAUCAUUGCUCUUGGUGCACGAUUCGAUGAUCGUGUCACUCUCAACAUUGCCGGUUUUGCUCCUCAAGCCAAGGCAGCUGCUGCGCAGAAGCGAGGUGGCAUUGUUCAUUUCGAAAUUAUGCCCAAGAACAUCAACAAAGUCGUGCAGGCAACUGAGGCUGUUGAGGGAGACGUUGCAGCCAAUCUUGCAGCCCUCCUACCCAAAGUGAAGAAGGUUGGCGACAGAUCAGAAUGGUUCGCCCAGAUUGCGGACUGGAAGAAAAGGUUCCCACUGAACAAUUUUGAGAGAGGCACUCCAGAGGGUUUGAUCAAGCCACAGGAAAUCAUCGAGAAAUUGUCAGAUAUGACCGCUCAUAUGAAGGAGAAGACCAUCAUUGCGACUGGUGUUGGUCAACAUCAAAUGUGGGCUGCUCAACAUUUCAGAUGGCGACAUCCACGAACAAUGGUCACCUCGGGUGGUCUAGGUACCAUGGGAUUUGGCCUACCCGCAGCCAUUGGUGCAAAGGUAGCUCAGCCUGAUGCACUCGUUGUUGAUAUUGAUGGUGAUGCCUCGUUCAACAUGACAUUGACGGAAUUGAGCACAGCAAACCAGUUCAAUAUUGGUGUCAAGGUUAUCAUCCUCAACAACGAAGAACAGGGUAUGGUCACUCAAUGGCAAAGUCUGUUCUACGAAGAUCGAUUCGCACACACUCAUCAGAAGAACCCCAAUUUCGUUGCUGUCUCAGAGGCCAUGGGUGUUCAAGCUCGGAAAUGUGUAAAACCAUCCGAGGUUGAGGAGUGCCUUGAGUGGCUCAUUAGCGGUACUGGAAACGAGCCUGCACUAUUGGAAGUUGUCGUUGACAAGAAGGUACCUGUUCUACCAAUGGUACCGGCUGGAAAAGCUCUACAUGAAUUCUUGGUAUAUGAUGAAGCCAAGGAGAAGGAACGAAGAGCCAUGAUGAAACAGCGGAGUGGUCACUAA